UUGAAAAUUGUCAAUUUUACCUGUGUCACCGUGCGAAAGCCACGAUGAGCAAGAAAAAGCACGAUAGCUUUCAAUUGUGCGAGUUAUGUGGAAGGCUAGUGUAUUUUCGGCAAUUAGCUGAUCACAGGGCGGUAUGUGAAGCAGGUUUAUCCAGCGAAGAUCCCAAGUGCACGUUCAUACAAGAUGGCGUCCUGCACGCUCUCGUUGUGGAGAGGAACAACAAAAUGUUUUCAGAUAGUAAGCUGCCGCUGUCCUCCCGGAACAAUGUGAUUUUGCUGAAUUGUAACACAAUGAGGGAAUGCAACCUGCCCAUUGGAAAAAGGGUUGUUGUGAGGUCAGACCAGAAAAACUCGGAGAUUGUCUGUAUGACAUGGCCUUCAUCAGGAGUCUCUUCAGAGUGUGUGGCAUUAUCACAGUUGUCUCUCCUGAAUUUACAGGUUUCAGGGGGUGAAUUCAUCAGUAUCAGAGCACUGAAAAAGCUUUGGCUACAUGCUGCAAGAGUGGAACUUGAGUUGUGUGAAGCAGUGGAGUUUGAAGUCAACCAGAUGUUCACUGAUUAUUGUCUUCAAGAUUUGCGUAACCAAUAUGUCUGUCCUGGGCAUAAAGUAGACGUCACAUUCUAUGGAAGACCACGGCAUCUAAUGGUUAUAGCAGUAACUGGAUCCUGUACACUUGAUAAGAACCCAAUUUCUUCAGCUGAAUAUAAACGCCAGAAAGUAUCUUCUAACAGUUUUGCUUCAAAGCUUACAGACCAACUGGAAAGGCUCAAACUUGAUAACGGAAUAAGAACCGAUGAAAAGGCUGCUAUGCCGUGUGAUGGAGAAGAUUUGAUAAUUCAGAGGAGUUUGUCAUGUAAUUAUCAAAAACAAAACUGCACUGAGAAAGAAUUAAGUGAUGCUGAAUGUAAAGAACAAAGUCAAAAAUCUCAGUUACAAUCGUGUCACGCAAAAACGAAUAUAGAUCACGGAUGUAAAAAAACUUUGCAGUCAGAUAUCCAGCUAAACCAACUUGAUAGUCAAUCAGUAUUUUUUUACAUUUCACCAGAAGAAACACAACUGACGAUUCACGCUUACGGAGCGCUUCAAAGUGAGCGUAGCGUGUUAAAGAGUAUAGUAACUUAUAAAUCUAUAGGGGGACUUCAGAAGCAAGUUGCGCUGGUGCGUGAAAUGAUCGAACUUCCUCUAAAACAUCCAGAAAUGUUUACAAAUUACGGUAUUCCACCCCCGCGUGGUGUGCUACUUCACGGCCCGUCUGGAACAGGAAAAACCCUCAUUGCACAAGCAGUGGCUGCGGAGUCUGGUGCUCACUUUAUCUGCCUCAAUGGCCCGGAUGUUUUAAGUAGGUAUUACGGAGAAACAGAGGCUCGUUUGAGGGACAUAUUCCGCGAGGCUCGUGAGAGGGCUCCUAGUAUCAUAUUCGUAGAUGAGCUGGAUGCUUUGUGUCCCAAAAGAGAUAAAGUACAGAAUGAGUUUGAGAAGAGAGUAGUGGCUACUCUACUCACCUUGAUGGAUGGAGCGGAUACUGUGAAUUUUCCAUCAAGUUACGUGAUGUUCUUAGCGGCCACCAACCGUCCGGAUGCCUUGGACACAGCCCUUCGCCGACCGGGUAGACUGGAUCGAGAGAUUGAGAUUGGAAUACCAAAUGCCAGCGACCGUGAGGAUAUUCUAAGGACUCUUCUCCGGAAUGUGCCUCACAGCUUCACAGAAGAUGAUUUGAAGAGUUUUGCAGAGAUGGCUCAUGGCUAUGUAGGAGCAGAUCUUACCGCUGUGUGUAAUGAAGCAGGGCUCAUGUCAUUCAAACGCUGUUUAGCUGAACAAAAGAGACUUUCCAGUGGUGACGACCAGAUUCAGGAGGAAAAGUUAAAAGAGCGCCUUUGGGUCACCAGAGAGGACAUCAUGGCGGCGUUCCGACAGGUCCGUCCCAGUGCUAUGCGUGAGGUGUCCAUUGAUGUACCGAAGGUACGUUGGGAUGACAUCGGGGGAAAUGCUGUUAUCAAACAGAAACUAAAACAGGCUGUGGAAUGGCCGCUUAAACAUCCAGAGGCGUUUCAACGAUUGGGCAUUCGCCCUCCCAGGGGUAUUCUGAUGUACGGUCCCCCGGGAUGCAGUAAGACGCUAGUGGCGAGAGCGCUGGCCACAGAGAGUGGGCUCAACUUCUUAGCGGUGAAAGGGCCUGAACUGUUCAGUAAGUGGGUUGGAGAGUCUGAGAGAGCAGUGAGGCAGGUUUUCCAAAAAGCCCGUGCCGCCGCACCUUCCAUCGUUUUCUUCGACGAAAUCGACGCCCUCGCGGCGCGCCGUGGAAGCGGUGGAGAUGACAGCGGGUCAAAUGUGUCCGACCGCGUUCUCACUCAACUCCUGACUGAGCUGGAUGGCGUUGAAACUCUGAAAGACGUUGUCCUAGUAGCGGCGACUAACCGUCCUGAUAUGAUUGACAAGGCACUGCUCCGCCCCGGAAGAAUUGAUCGGAUUGUGUAUGUGCCACUUCCGGACAAAAACGCGAGAGAAGAGAUCUUUAAAAUCCACCUCGCUAAAACUCCCUUGGGAGGAGACGUAGCAAUAAGAGAUCUCGCCGAGAAGACCGACAUGUUCUCCGGGGCUGAAAUAGCAGCAUUGUGCCGUGAAGCGGCUCUGACGGCCCUUCAAGAGAACAUUGAGUCACAAGAAGUGCUCGGAAAGCAUUUCGAUAAAGCUUUUAUGGCCGUGAAGCCAAGAACUUCUGGGGAGUUGAUAGAACUAUACAGAAAAUACCAGAAUGAAAGUGGUGUGCAUUCUAUUUGAGUAGCGAAGAUUCAGACGUGUCUACGGAUCGUAAAAUGCUAUAUUAGACGAUUAGACGUCUGGAGUUGGUUGGAAAAUAAUAAAU